GUUCGGUUUUUUUUUUGUUUUUUUGUCAGAAAGUAAAUGCUCGGUAAAAUGGUGUCUCGUUUGGGCGAUAUUGAAGACAGGGAAUCAUCUCCGCAGGUCCAGUAUCCGACCGAUACUCAUAUCCAUGAUUGCAGCUUGAAAGAUGAACCGCAUUAUUUAACAAAUCGGAUCAGCUCUCCAGACAGCUUUGCUUUUCGCGCCCGCACGUGGUUUCUGAUCGAUCCUGAACAUCCUCAAACGAAAAGAUUCUACAGUUCCAGCUACAUGUUUCGGACCGAAUUGAUUCGUCACAUUAAGUCCGACUACUGGUUCAUAAUUCACCCUUUCAGUCGGUUCCGGUUUUACUGGGAUAUCUGGUUAUUAUUUUACUUCUACGGUCUCAUGAUUGCAACUCCACUGACGAUCGCAUUCGUCAAAUCGCUACGUCACUCGAGCCAUCUCUACUAUGUAACAAGUAUUGUUGAUGUGCUGGCGGGUGCCGAGUUGACCAUCAAUUGCAUCACAGGCUAUUCUACGGACAAAUAUUACCGGAACAUUCGGCUAAGCCCGUGGGCCAUCUUCAAAAAUUAUUUGAGCGGUAUGUUCGUUAUUGAUUGUCUGUUUGCUUUCCCGAAAUGUACUUUGGCAAAGAUUUUCGACAUGGAAGAGAAGAUCAUUCUGGAUGCCAUUAAUGUAGUGUUGCUACUGAAACUGUUUUCUGUGCGCUAUAUUUGGAUCUAUUUAACUAAUCUUUUUGAGCGUUUUCGCAUAGAUAUGUUGAAAUACUAUAUACUGCGAUUGAUGAUGAUAUCGACAUUGUUUCUGCACUGGAGUGUUUGUUUCUAUAAAAUGAUGAUAACAGUAAUGGAUGAUCCCGAAGUUGAUUUUGAUGAGAUCUGGCAUACUCACGUGGAGUAUCUUCGAAAUGUCGACAAUGGUAUUUUUGAGCGAUACGGAAAAUGUUGCUCAACUGUUAUGUACUACGUGUUUCCAAGGAGUUUCGGAGAGUUGGGAAUUCCGAAAACGUUUUUCGCUAAGUCUGUUGUUGCUGUCUGCAUUGCUGUUGGAAUAAGUUUCUAUUUUUAUUUGAUUCUUCAAAUCUACAAACUAAUUACCAUAAUGAGCUCGACCAAACGAAAGUAUGCCGAAAUGAUAAGUCAACUUCAGGCUUACAUGAAGAUGAAACAGUUUCCUGUGGAGAUGAAAAAUCGAUUGUUGUACUAUUAUGAGAAGAAGUUCGAGAAAUGCUACUUCGCCGAGGAGAAGAUCCUGCAGACACUUUCAAAUUCCCUAAGAAAUCAAAUCGUUGACCACAAUGCAAGCCGUUUUUUUGAGCAAGUUUUUGUGCUGCGAGAUGUUCCCAGACACAUUUUGCUUCCUCUUGUCAGAUCAAUGGAAAAGGAGAUAUAUCUUCCCAAUGAUAUGGUGAUUAAAGCCGGAACUUCGACAUCGAAAGUUUAUUUUAUUCAGUACGGUUCGGUUGCAGUGUACACACAAUCCGGAAAAGAAAUUGGUCACAUAAGCGAUGGUGACCAUUUUGGGGAGAUUGCCCUGUUCUACAAAAGCAAGCGACUUGUCAACAUCGUUGCAAUUGAGUUUUCUAAAAUUUUCGUGCUUCGGCGAAAAGUGUUCCUGGAUCUGAUUCCACCAGAGUCCGAGUUCUACCAGCGCCUGGAGCAGAUUGCCAAGGAGCGAAUGCAGAACGUGCUGCUCGAAGAGGAACAGUACAAAAGCCACUUGUUAAUGGUGAAUGCGGGCAACGAGUAAACGGAGGAAAAAUCGGACAAAUUGGACGGAUUGUUUCCCACUUUCUUGAGGUAUGCAAAAAAAAACGGUUCCGAAUGAUGUCAGAGGGUACUUGAAAGGGAAGAAAAAUCAUCCGUUGAUGGUGUACAACGAUUAAGCCGGGUAUGAAAAAUGGAACGAAGGUGAGAAGAUGGUAAUAUUAACAAGAUCUGCUCAGAUAGGCUCCAAUUUGCGAAGUUUGGCUUGCGAGAUGAGGAACAAUUGAUAUCAAAUUAAGACGUUUUCGACACGGCCAAGUGAUAAUUUUAUUGAGCUGAUUUGUUGCCGAAGAUAGCAUUCAUUCACAUGCUUUUGUUUUCAUAGCCUUUAGCGGUUUUAUUGUGAGUCAAAGAUAGGAAGAAUGCACAGCUCCAAUGCGCCACUUGAUGAUGGUACAAUAUCGAGAUUAUGAUCUUCGGGUUGAGCAUUGUUCGGAAGAGCAUAGUGAGGCAUCGAAGGAAAUUUUAUUCAUCUGCUAUCAAAAUGUCAUUUGAAAUAGUUAC